AUGUGUGCCAUCAUCGAUUGUCCCACAAGCGAUGUGGGAUGCCAAAUUUUUAACAGUUCCAUACAUCUCAACUUCAUCGAACACCCUAUAUACUACUCUCCUUCUUCACUAGAAACACGAAGCUUCAAUGUUGUACAGGGACUUCACAGAGCACCGCCGAUGUCGUCUCCUUCGCAGGCCACCGUCGCACGUUGUAUCUCCUUCGCAUCCCACCGGUCACUGCCACACCCAACACCUCUGCAUCUGCCUUUUUUCUGCCUGCGUCACCCUCCAACGCCGUCAAACUUGUCGACAACAAUAUCAGGUGCUUUCAUCGCCGUUCUACCCUUUCACUUCCGGCGAACGGUGGUCCAACGUUCUCUACUUCUUCAACAGGCUCUUGAAGAUCCUGUAUCAUCGGUUCGGGAUGCCUUUGCAGAAGCUUUGGGAGCUGUGCUUGCUCUUGUAAUGAACCCUCAAGCGCAGGUGCAACCAAAAAAAGGCCAGGCUAAUUCAAAAAAUCCUGAGGGGAGUUUACAAAAGCAUCUUAUAUUGCCCUUCACCAAAGCAAGUGGACCUCGUUCAAAGGAUUUACGAAUAGGUAUAACCUUGUCAUGGGUGUUCUUCUUACAAGGCAUACGACUUAAGUACAUGCAUCCAGAUAGCGAGCUCCAAAAUUAUCUUGUGCAAAUUAUGGAUAUGCUUCGUGCAGAAUCUGUUGUAGAUGCACAAUCAUUGGCAUUUCCUUAUCAGUUUGUAGAUUUACCUUUGUUUUCUUAA